CUCGGGAAUGGGGCAGGCCUAGGGAACAAGUCCCGGAUCUUGCCCAUGGACACUUCCUGCUACGAGAGCCCCUACAGCGACCCCGAAGAGCUGAAGGACAAGAAACUGUUUCUCAAAAGGAGCAACCUGAUCGUGGACGAAGUCGAACUGGGCACGGGGAACUUUGGGUGCGUCAGGAAAGGCGUUUAUAAAAUGAGGAAAAAGCAGAUCGACGUGGCCAUCAAGAUGCUGAAAAGUGGCAACGAGAAGGCGGCCAAAGACGACAUGAUGAAGGAAGCUCACAUCAUGCACCAGCUCGACAACCCCUACAUCGUCCGAGUGAUCGGCGUCUGCGAGGCCGAGGCGCUGAUGCUGGUGAUGGAGAUGGCUGCCGGCGGGCCGCUCAACAAGUUCUUGCAUUCAAAGAGGGAUGAGGUGCCUGUGAAUAACGUGGUGGAGCUGAUGCACCAGGUGGCGAUCGGCAUGAAGUACCUGGAGGAGAAGAACUUCGUCCACCGAGACCUGGCAGCCCGGAAUGUUCUUCUCGUCAAUCAGCACUAUGCCAAGAUCAGCGACUUCGGGCUCUCCAAGGCUUUGGCGGCAGACGACAGUUACUACAUGGCGAAGACAACUGGGAAAUGGCCGCUGAAGUGGUACGCCCCAGAAUGCAUCCUGUUCCGCAGGUUUUCCAGCAAAGGUGACGUCUGGAGCUACGGAGUGACCAUGUGGGAGGCGUUCACCUAUGGCCAGAAACCCUACAAGAAAAUGAAAGGUCCUGAAGUCAUUGCCUUCCUUGAGGCUGGGAAGCGGAUGGAAUGCCCCCCGAAAUGCCCUCCAGAGAUGUACAAACUGAUGCAGCAGUGUUGGACCUUCAAGUGGGAAGACCGCCCAGAUUUUGUCACCGUGGAGACCCUCAUCCGCACCUAUUACUACAGCAUCGCUGCUAGAACAGAAGAGACGCCCGAGACGGUCAGAAAGACACCAGCUUAGGUCCCAAGAGCUGGCAGAAGA